AUGGAGAGCAACAGCAACCCCCAACAAUCUCAGCGUGGCAAUGCCCUAAUGCCAACAGGCCCAUGUAACCCGCAGGUCGUGGCCCAGCUCUUUUCCGCGCUGCAAUCAUUCUACGCGCAGUGCAGAGCACCUAUCACUCCCUCACCGAACAUCGUUGAGGUGUCACAAGAUUGCAUACCAGACACCCCCCCCAGCCAGCAGGGUCAGGAUGGUCCCUCCACUAGUGCAGCUAACGUGGUUGAGCAGGCCCCCAGCAGGCCACGGACGCGCUUACAAGCUGCUAAAACUCAAAAACCUAAGUCAGGUCCAUUGAAAGGCAAGGCACCAGCUAAAAAACCUAGGUCGAGCGCACAAAAGGCCAGGCCGGCGGUGGCCUCUACAUCAGCCCCGCGCCAGGAGGUGAUUGAUGUUCCCAGUGUUUUCCAGGAUAACCCUAGACAACCAAGCACCUCGGAGGAGUCAUCUUCUGAGGAGGAGCUGCCCCCUCAGCAGGUGGCCGCUGCCAGCGACCCGGCCCCCCGUGACGACGCACCACGGGGCGGAAAGCGGAAGGCGAAGAAGAAGCACCGGUCGAAGAAAAGCAAGAAGAGGGACACUUCGGACUCUGAGGAGGAAACAGGUACCUCUUCAUCAGAUGGGGAUAGUGACACUCCAAUGGAGACAUAUUGGGGGGUGGGGGGGGACGUUGGAGCCCCCCCAGUGGGUGCAUGA